UCGCCGGUGACUAAUACAUUAUUAUAUUAUGUUCAUGAUGAUAUUGUGUACAUCAGAGCAAUAUAAUACGCGACCCAACAUACACGUUGACAGCUGUUGUCGGUGCGGCGAUCGUGUUUUGUUUAUGUCGAGUGGAAAAUGAUUUUCGUGAUAGUGUUUGUAGUGGUAUACUGUAAUUUACAAUUACAAAGUGAGUGUGCGCCUCUGAAGGAAAAUAUUAUGAAAAUAAAAUUUCCUAGGCCUGUAGUGCACGCCUCGUCUGUUAACAUCAGCGGAACUCUAAACGUCAGAGCCACCAUGCUUCGAGCUACCAUAAAAGGAAAUGAAUUAGGGAAUGAGGAGUGCCCUAUUGAAAUAAAACCUCAGGAGGAUAUUAUAGUCAUUGGCGGUUCAGACGUUCCCUAUGAAUUUUUUAUCGGAGAUAAAGAAGUGAUUCCAUUUACGUUAACGAUAAGAGCAUGGUCUAACCCAGACGAAAAUGUGGAUUCAUUACACUUGGAAUUUAACGGCAACGAAGCCGGAAUGCAGGCUUUGGAAUUUCCCUGCAAGUUCAAAUCCUUCAAAUCCGUGGACAGAAUCUUUGUCGAGGGUUUCAAACACAUACGAAGAUUAACUUUCGAGUAUGAAGACGAGGAUGAUGACGAUUAUGCCUGAUCAUGACGUCUUUAUAAAUAGCGGUGCGUUUGUACAAGAAAUUUGAAGUGGUAGGCACUUUCCCUGCAUAAUAUUCAAAUGCAAAA